AUGUGGCAGGAGGCGAUGCGGCGCCGCCGCUACCUGCGGGACCGCGCCGGGGCGGCGGGCGGCGGGCGGCUGCGGUCCCGGGACUGGCUGUACGAGUCCUACUACUGCAUGAGCCAGCAGCACCCGCUCAUCGUCUUCCUGCUGCUCAUCGUCAUGGGCGCCUGCCUCGCGCUGCUCGCCGUCUUCUUCGCGCUGCGCCUGGAAGCGGAAAACCACGUGGCGUUUCUCAUCACAGUCCCCACGGCCCUGGCCAUUUUCUUUGCCAUAUUCAUCCUCGUCUGCAUCGAGUCUGUGUUCAAGAAGCUGCUCCGCCUCUUCUCGCUGGUCAUCUGGAUGUGCCUGGUGGCCAUGGGCUACCUGUUCAUGGGCUUCGGCGGCACCGUCUCUCCCUGGGACCAGGUGUCCUUCUUCCUGUUCAUCAUCUUCGUGGUGUACACCAUGCUGCCCUUCAACAUGCGAGACGCCAUCAUCGCCAGCGUGCUCACCUCCGCCUCCCACACCAUCGUGCUCAGCGUCUGCCUGUCCGCCAAGGCCGAGGAGCACCUGAUCUGGCAGAUCCUGGCCAACGUGAUCAUCUUCAUCUGCGGGAACCUGGCGGGCGCCUACCACAAGCACCUCAUGGAGCUGGCCCUGCAGCAGACCUACCAGGACACGUGCAACUGCAUCAAGUCCCGCAUCAAGCUGGAGUUUGAGAAGCGUCAGCAGGAGCGGCUGCUGCUGUCCCUGCUGCCGGCGCACAUAGCCAUGGAGAUGAAGGCCGAGAUCAUCCAGAGGCUGCAGGGCCCCAAGGCCGGCCAGAUGGAGAACACCAACAACUUCCACAACCUCUACGUCAAGCGCCACACCAACGUGAGUAUCCUCUAUGCUGACAUUGUGGGGUUCACCCGGCUGGCCAGUGACUGCUCCCCAGGAGAACUGGUCCAUAUGCUGAACGAACUCUUUGGAAAGUUCGACCAAAUUGCAAAGGAGAAUGAAUGCAUGAGAAUAAAGAUUUUAGGCGACUGCUACUACUGUGUGUCCGGACUCCCGGUGUCUCUUCCCAACCACGCCAAGAACUGUGUGAAGAUGGGACUGGACAUGUGCGAAGCCAUAAAGAAAGUGCGGGACGCCACGGGCGUGGACAUCAACAUGCGGGUCGGGGUGCACUCUGGGAACGUCCUCUGCGGCGUGAUCGGUCUGCAGAAGUGGCAGUACGACGUGUGGUCCCACGACGUCACCUUGGCCAACCACAUGGAAGCCGGAGGGGUGCCCGGGCGCGUCCACAUUUCCUCGGUCACCCUGGAGCACCUGAACGGGGCUUAUAAAGUGGAGGAGGGAGACGGAGACAUCAGGGACCCGUAUUUAAAGCAGCACCUCGUGAAAACCUACUUUGUGAUCAACCCCAAGGGGGAGCGGCGGAGCCCCCAGCACCUCUUCAGACCUCGCCACACCCUCGAUGGGGCCAAGAUGAGGGCCUCCGUCCGCAUGACCCGCUACCUGGAGUCCUGGGGGGCGGCCAAGCCCUUCGCGCAUCUGCACCACAGAGACAGCAUGACGACGGAGAACGGCAAGAUCAGCACCACGGAUGUCCCGAUGGGUCAGCACAAUUUCCAGAAUCGCACUUUGAGAACCAAGUCACAGAAGAAACGGUUUGAAGAAGAAUUGAAUGAAAGGAUGAUUCAAGCCAUCGAUGGAAUUAAUGCUCAAAAGCAAUGGCUCAAAUCCGAAGACAUCCAGAGAAUCUCCUUGUUUUUCUACAAUAAAAUACUAGAAAAAGAAUACCGGGCCACGGCGCUGCCGGCGUUCAAGUACUACGUGACCUGCGCGUGCCUCAUCUUCUUCUGCAUCUUCGUCGUGCAGAUUCUCGUGCUGCCAAAAACGUCCGUCCUGGGGAUUUCCUUCGGCGCUGCGUUUCUCUCGCUGGCCUUCAUCCUUUUCGUCUGCUUUGCGGGACAGCUUCUGCAGUGCAGCAAGGAGGCCUCGGCCGCCCUCCUGUGGCUUCUGAAGUCGUCGGGCAUCAUCGCAAACCGGCCCUGGCCGCGCGUCUCCCUCACGGUGGUCACCACGGCCAUCAUCCUGACCAUGGCCGUGUUCAACAUGUUUUUCCUGAGUGACUCGGAGAAAAGCCCCCUCCCCGUGGGCAACGCGUCCAACGCCAGCUCCCCCGAAGGCCAGGCAGCGAAACAGCGCGCGCAGAAUUUGUUUUUCCUCCCGUACUUCAUCUACAGCUGCAUCCUGGGGCUGAUCUCCUGCUCCGUGUUCCUGCGGGUGAACUACGAGCUGAAGAUGCUGAUCAUGAUGGUGGCCUUGGUGGCCUACAACACCAUCCUCCUGCACACCCACGCCGGCCUCCUGGACGGCUACAGCCAGGUCCUGUUUACGAGGCCAGGCAUCUGGAAAGACCUGAAGACCAUGGGCUCCGUCUCUCUCUUUAUUUUCUUCGUCACUCUGCUGGUUCUGGGCAGGCAGAAUGAAUAUUACUGUAGGUUGGACUUCUUGUGGAAGAACAAGUUCAAAAAAGAGCGGGAGGAGAUCGAGACCAUGGAGAACCUGAACCGCGUGCUGCUGGAGAACGUGCUCCCCGCGCACGUGGCCGAGCACUUCCUGGCCCGGAGCCUCAAGAACGAGGACUUGUACCACCAGUCCUACGACUGCGUCUGCGUCAUGUUCGCCUCCAUUCCGGAUUUCAAGGAGUUCUACACGGAGUCGGACGUGAACAAGGAGGGCCUGGAGUGCCUGCGGCUCCUGAACGAGAUCAUUGCUGACUUUGACGACCUGCUGUCCAAGCCGAAAUUCAGUGGAGUUGAAAAGAUCAAGACCAUUGGCAGCACAUACAUGGCAGCAACGGGUCUGAGCGCCGUGCCCAGCCAGGAGUAUGCCCAGGAGCCCGAGAGGCAGUACAUGCACAUCGGCACCAUGGUGGAGUUCGCAUUUGCGCUGGUGGCCAAGCUGGACGCCAUCAACAAGCACUCCUUCAACGACUUCAAGCUGCGAGUGGGCAUCAACCACGGCCCCGUGAUCGCGGGCGUCAUCGGCGCGCAGAAGCCUCAGUAUGACAUCUGGGGGAACACGGUGAAUGUGGCGAGUCGCAUGGACAGCACCGGAGUCCUGGACAAAAUACAGGUCACGGAGGAGACGAGCCUCGUCCUGCAGACCCUGGGCUAUGCCUGCACGUGCCGGGGGGUCAUCAACGUCAAGGGCAAGGGGGAGCUGAAGACGUACUUCGUGAACACGGAGAUGUCGAGGUCGCUCUCGCAGAGCAACCUGGCGUCCUGAGGCUGCCCGCUCUGGCCGCGCGGUCCGCAGGAAGGUACGAGCGUCUGUCCCCCUGUCUGGACGCGCCUGCUCCGUCCUGUCCCGGGAGCCUGGGCACACGCCUGGUGGCCUGGGCACACGGCUGGUGGCCCAGGCUGGCGCUGGCCCUGUGCGGGCGCCGGGACGGCCACUGCUCUGUGCUUACUUCGAAGCAAACGGGAGAAGGCGCGUGUGCGCCAGGAGAGGUGCAGCAGCGGUUCUUAAGGCAAUAAAACUAGGGGGUGUAUGGGAUCUUCUGGUGCAUGUUCUUCUCUGGAAAAUACGGUAGCUCGCCAGCCGCCUCUGCUAGUCUCAUACUAAAACACGCAGUACUUGUGAUGAGACCCCGUCCCCCCAUGUGACCGUGUCCCCCGUGUCUUGUCGCCCGUGGCCGCCCCUCGCCCCCGUGGGGGCCCGUGACUGUCCCCCGCUCUGUGUCUCCCGCCAGCAGCUCGUCGCCGUCCAUCACCAGGAUUAGUUCUCACACUAAGACCAGUUUUGUACCCAACGCGUCUGAUGUUUUGAUGCCAUUGUCUUUUGUAUGGUUAAUUCAUUAAAGUUUUAUGUACUUUGGUU